UAGCCAACGCUAACGAAUGCUGCAUAUAGGUUAUAUUAUUACAAAUAAAAUAGGCAACGUUUGCAAAUUGUCGUUCAGUCUCAAAACGGUGUGCAUUUGUGCAGAUUCUGGAUUAUUUUUGGUCCGUGUAGUUGGCUAUCAUUCCAUCGCGUGUUUACGUGUACACGGCGUGGGUGACGUUGUCUAAAGUAAGCCGGAUUGAGAGGCACCCUUCUUGUUCUCUCAUGUUAAAAUUGAAAAACAAGUCUGGGCAAUGAACGGAUAAACGUAAACUCAGGGUAUAUGAUGGCUACAUUAAAGCCUGCUGUGACUGAAAACGAAUGCUACUCAGUAGCCAAGGACAGUGACCUGCAGAUUCCUAUUGUCUUAGAGAGACGAGAGAAGACAGAAGAGCCAUGGAAGACAGUGUUUGCUCGGAGGCUGCAAAAACAUUGCUUUUGCAGCUCAGCUCAGAUAGCCAAAGCUUCUGUGCUUAGGAUUAUCCCAAUCUUACAAUGGCUUCCUCGCUAUCAUCUUAAAGAGUGGCUCCUUGGUGACAUUAUGUCAGGUUUAAUUGUAGGAAUACUGCUUGUUCCCCAAUCGAUUGCCUACUCCUUGCUAGCUGGGCAGGAACCCAUUUAUGGCCUUUAUACCUCUUUCUUCUCCUCCAUCAUCUACGCCUUCUUGGGCACCUCACGUCACGUGUCUGUGGGUAUCUUUGGCGUGUUGUGUCUUCUCGUGGGGCAGGUGGUGGACAGGGAGGUGGCUGCCGCAGGAUACAUCACAGAGGGAUACAGUAAUAAAACAACGUCCUUUAUAUUGGGCAGACUGGGGAAUGAUACCACGGUUGCUGGUCUAGUCUGUGAUAAGAGCUGUUAUGCCAUUAUGGUCGGAGCUACAGUCACCUUCACGGCUGGGGUCUACCAGGUUAUGAUGGGUCUUCUCCAGGUGGGCUUUGUGUCCGUUUACCUGUCUGAUUCCCUCCUAAGCGGCUUUGCCACUGGGGCUUCCCUCACCAUCCUCACCUCCCAGCUAAAGUACCUCUUAGGACUGAAGCUGCCCAGAGCUCAAGGCUGGUUCACCCUAAUAAAGACCUGGUUCAGCCUACUACAGAACAUGGCCGACACCAACUUGUGUGACUUGUUUACCAGUCUUCUCUGCCUGCUCAUCCUGGUCCCCACUAAGAAACUGAAUGAGCAUUUCAAGACCAGACUCAAGGCACCAAUCCCCUGGGAACUCUUUGUUGUCAUUGCUGCAACAGUUGCUUCCCACUUUGGAUGCUUCCAGGAGGUGUAUGGGUCAGAUGUCGCUGGAACCAUCCCCACAGGUUUCCUGCCACCCCAGAUGCCUUCCUGGUCACUUAUCCCUGCCGUGGCAAUUGAUGCCUUACCUAUUGCUAUUGUGGGAUUCGCUAUAACUGUUUCACUGUCCGAGAUGUUCGCCAAGAAGCACGGCUACCAAGUGGAUCCUAACCAGGAGAUGUACGCGAUUGGGUUCUGUAACAUCCUGCCAUCGUUCUUCCGUUGCUUUACUACUAGUGCAGCACUGACGAAAACCCUGGUAAAGGAGUCAACAGGCUGCAAGACCCAACUUUCUGGUUUGGUCACUGCUCUGGUGCUGCUGCUAGUACUUCUGCUCAUCGCCCCACUCUUCUACUCACUGCAGAAGUGUGUUUUGGCUGUGAUCAUCAUCGUGAACCUUAGCGGGGCACUGCGAAAGUUCAAGGAAUUUCCUCAGAUGUGGCACGUAAACCGUGUUGAUGCAAGCAUCUGGCUUAUUACUGCCGCAACUUCGGCUUUGAUCAACACAGAGCUUGGUUUGUUGGUUGGGGUCCUGGUUUCAGCCUUCUGUGUUCUGGUUCGCACCCAGAGGGCCCAAGGCCUUGAGCUGGGAAGAGUUGGAACCAGCGAACUGUAUGAGGACCUAGCUGGCUACCACGGUGUCCAGAGCCAGCCUGGCAUUGCAAUCUUCCGUUAUGAAUCUCCCAUCUACUACGCCAAUCAAAGCCUGUUCAAGAAGUGCCUCUAUCACCGGCUGGGGCUUGACCCGGUCAAGGAAAAGGUCCAUCGCAAGAAGUUGGAAAAGAACCGGAAACGAGAAAUUCGGAUGAGGGCAGAAGAGAACAGAACCAAGGGUCAAGAGGCAGAGAUGACCACCGAUGUCUUUCUGCCAGCUAAAUCCAGCUUCCACAGUGUGGUGAUAGAUUGUAGUCCGGUAUUAUUUUUAGAUACAGCUGGGGUGAAUUCACUGAAAGAGGUAUAUGAGGACUACAAAGAGCUGGGAGUGAAGGUACUACUGGCACAGUGUAACUUCUCAGUGCGUGCCUCUCUGCAGAGAGGGGGGUACUACCCAGACAACGUUGGAGAAAGAGAACAUGUGUUUUUCACCAUCAGUAAUGCUGUGCACUAUGCUCAAUGUCUCUCAGGUGAAAAUGGCCCAUGUGACCCACAAUGCUGAGGAGAGUUUUCAAUGUCUUUAUACAGCAUUUAUAUUUGAAAGGGGUACACAUAACUAAUGCUUCAAUAUUUAUGUCAGUUUUGAUGUGUUGUUCUUGUCACAUAUAUGGCAGAUGUAUAUUGGAAAUCCCCAGAAGACUGAAAGCAGUUAAACAUGCAAUGUUUGGAAAUGAAAGGUUCCACAAGCAGAUGUCUGUAUACUGAGCGUUGUCUGCAUACUAUUGGGCAUAAAGUGUAUUAUCACUUGCUUUAAAACAAUUAAGAUCAUAACCAAAAAUCUAUAAGGUUUUACUGCAUCUAUCAGAGGAAGAUCAAUGUUGUCUUAAGAAUACUAUUCCAAAAGAUGUGUUUUCUAAUGCUGAAUGUAAACUAUUUAAAAAACAUUUAGUGAGUUUCCCGAGAUUGCCCUGUGUUGCCCAGUAAAAGUGCUGAGUGUAUUUUCCAAGACAUUCACUGCACAUAGAUAUUCAUUAAUUAGUCAAUAAGAACUCACUGAGAUAUUGAGAGUUUCACCCUUUACAAGGGGCUCAUGAUUGCCAUGUAAUGUCUCCAACUUAAUAUCUGCCUUCCAGGCUUCUACUCAGGGAUACUCCAGCCAUCCUUCAAUUUCUUUGCCAGCGUAACCAUAACAUUUACCAGACGCUCUUAUCCAGAGCGACUUACAGUAACUACAGGGACAUUCCCCCUGAGGCAAGUAGGGUGAAGUGCCUUG